AUGUCCGGAAUCCUGGGAAGCUACAGCGACUCGACGUGCAACACGCACAACGCCCUGCGCAACAUCACCGAGUACGCCUGCGGCGUGACUUUCACUUACAAGGACACCGCCUUCCCGCCCGACAUGCACUACGGCGUAGUAUCGCUGCAAAAGUGCUGCGACGAGGUGAACGCGCCCGUCAUGCGCAUCCCCGGCAACACGGGCUGCGAGAUGCAGUUCUGCCACGUGCCAGAAGCGACGACCUCGAGCACGUACACGGUAGAGUACGGCUACGCGACGGGCUCGGGGACCGCAGCGCGGACGCCCGAGCCCACCGUCACGUCGGAUGUCAAGGUCGGCCCGCCGGGGAGAUUGGAGAACUGCAUGGCAUUCGUUUACAAGGGCGACUUGCCGGAUGAUGUCGGGGACAAGAUCGCGAGUGCGGGUAAUUGGUGCGUGGUGAGGAUGUACGACGACGAGAUAGAUGAGGCGGAUGUGAGCGCGGCUGUCACGGCGAGUCCGGCGCCGGCGAGCUGGACGACGGCUGCGGUGAAUCAGUGGGAAAUGGCCUUGUCGUCGUGGAGUGCUACGAAGGACGGCGCGAGGGCUACUUCGACUUCGACGUCGACGAAUGGUGGUGCGGGUCGCUAUGCUGAUAGGGGCACCGAGUAUGGUGUGCGGAUAUGGGCUGCUGUUGCUCUGAUGACUGUUGGGCUCGUCAUUGCUCUUUGA